ACAUGGAUUUGGUGUGCUAUUAGAAUGCCCCAUUAUAGGAAGGAAGGGUGUACAGUCAGACGAGCCGCCCCGCCGCGCGAACAGACAACAGACGACACCAUGGCGCUCAGGCUGGCACCUUCUGUGACUCGGGGCCUUGGGAGUUUCCGGGGCCAUAUUCAGGCACGAUGCUUCCAUGUAUCUCCCUUAAUCUCUGCGGCCCAAAAGGUGGCCAUGUCACACCUGGACCCAGGCUCAGUGAUGCCGUACGACAAACUACAAGCCAACUUGGAAGUGGUCAAGAAAAGAUUGAAUCGUCCUCUCACCCUCUCGGAGAAAGUGUUGUAUUCUCACUUGGAUAACCCAGCUAAUCAAGACAUUGUACGAGGGGAGUCCUACCUCAAACUGCGGCCAGACAGGGUGGCCAUGCAGGACGCCACAGCCCAGAUGGCCAUGCUGCAGUUCAUCAGUUCUGGUUUGCCAAGGGUUGCUGUGCCCUCAACCAUCCAUUGUGAUCAUUUGAUCCAGGCCCAGAUUGAUGGACCAAAGGAUUUGAAGCGAGCCAUUGAUAUCAAUAAGGAAGUUUACAACUUUUUGGCAACUGCUGGAGCAAAGUAUGGAGUUGGUUUCUGGAAACCAGGUUCUGGCAUUAUUCAUCAGAUCAUCUUGGAGAACUAUGCCUUCCCUGGUUUGUUGAUGAUUGGCACUGACUCGCACACCCCGAAUGGAGGUGGUCUGGGAGGCUUGUGUAUUGGAGUUGGUGGUGCUGAUGCUGUUGAUGUCAUGGCUGAUAUACCAUGGGAACUGAAGUGCCCUAAGGUGAUUGGUGUGAAACUUACUGGGGAAUUGAGUGGGUGGACAUCACCAAAGGACAUUAUUCUGAAGGUUGCUGGCAUUCUAACAGUGAAGGGUGGCACUGGUGCCAUUGUUGAGUAUACUGGGCCUGGUGUGGACUCCAUCUCCUGCACUGGCAUGGCAACAAUUUGCAACAUGGGAGCUGAGAUUGGUGCCACCACCUCAGUCUUCCCCUUCAACAGUCGCAUGAAGGACUACCUUGAGGCUACCAACAGGAAAGACAUUGCAGCAUUGGCUGAGCAGAAUGCCUCUAUGCUUACUCCUGAUGAAGAUGCUCCUUAUGACCGUGUUAUUGAGAUUAAUCUGUCUGAACUGGAGCCUCACAUCAAUGGUCCUUUCACUCCAGAUUUGGCUCAUCCUGUCAAUAAGGUUGGAGAUGCAGCACGAGAAAAGGGCUGGCCUUUGGAGGUGAAAGCUGGCUUGAUUGGAUCUUGCACUAACUCCUCCUAUGAAGACAUGGGUCGUUGUGCUUCUAUUGUUAAGGAAGCCAUGAAGCAUGGACUGAAGGCCAAGUCUCUUUUCCACAUCACACCAGGAUCUGAACAGAUUAGAGCUACAAUUGAACGUGAUGAUAUUGCGAAAACUCUGCGCGAGUUUGGUGGAACUGUGUUGGCCAAUGCCUGUGGGCCAUGCAUUGGACAAUGGGACCGUCAGGAUGUGAAGAAGGGUGAGAAGAACACCAUUGUCACAUCAUACAACCGCAACUUCAUCGGCCGCAAUGAUGCCAAUCCAGCCACCCAUGCUUUUGUCACAUCUCCUGAGCUGGUUACUGCCAUGGCUCUUGCUGGUAGAUUGGACUUUGACCCUCGCACUGACUCAUUGGUUGGCAGUGAUGGAAAAGAGUUCAAGCUGAGUGAUCCCUUUGCCGCUGAGCUGCCACCCAGGGGAUUUGAUCCUGGAGAGGACACUUACCAGGCACCUCCAAGUGAUGGCUCUAAUGUGCCUGUUGAUGUCAGUCCAGAAUCGCAGCGUUUGCAGUUAUUGUCUCCUUUCGACAAGAUGAAUCCAAAGAACCUGGUGGACAUGACCAUCCUUAUUAAGGUAAAGGGUAAGUGCACCACAGACCAUAUCUCUGCUGCUGGCCCCUGGCUCAAGUUCAGAGGUCACCUCGACAACAUCUCCAACAACUUGUUCCUCACAGCUGUUAACAUUGAAAAUGAGGAGAUGAAUAACAUUCAGAACAAGAGCACUGGUGAAUGGGGACCUGUUCCUGGUACUGCACGUGCAUACAAGGCCCAGGGCAUUAACUGGUGCGUCAUUGGAGAUGACAACUAUGGAGAGGGAAGUUCUCGGGAACAUGCUGCCUUGGAGCCACGUCACCUGGGAGGCAGAGCCAUUAUUGUCAAGUCUUUUGCUCGCAUCCAUGAGACCAACCUGAAGAAGCAGGGCAUGCUGCCACUCACUUUCUCAAACCCAAGUGAUUAUGACAAAAUUCAGCCCAAUGACAAAAUUUCUCUUCUUGGUAUUGAGAACUUUGCACCUGGCAAGCCGUUGGAAUGUCGCAUCACACACAGCGAUGGUUCCACGGAAACUAUUGAACUGAAACACACUUUCAAUGAGCAGCAGAUAAACUGGUUCAAAGCUGGAUCAGCUCUCAAUUUCAUGAAGGAAAUGGCCAGUAAAUAGUCUGUUAUGUAAUAUGUAUAUAGGUUAUGUCUCAGCAAUGUAAUUUGCCUUCUAAUUUUAGAAAAUGUUAUUAGCAAUAGUACUGUUCUAAAAAUGUGCUGUUGAGUAUUUUAGGGCAUGUCUGAGUUUUAAUUUUAAGCUGUAGUAAAUGCUCUAAUGUUAAUGAGUAUUCAUCUUCACACAUUUUAUGGAAUUAAGAUGUUAAUGAGUAUUCAUCUUCACACAUUUUAUGGAAUUAAGAUGUAACACUUUUUUAUGUAUUGUACAUUUUUAUGGAUACAACAAAUUACACGAACUACUUCAAAUAAUUUUUCAAAAGAAAAGUUUAAUUCAGAUACCUAAUGAAAUUGUUUUUAAUCUGAACAGUUUUGACAAGUUUAUUUUUAAUAAAAUAUCAAAAAACACGAUGAGCUUCCAUACUUGGGAUGCCUCAGCACAAUUGCUGGUAUUAAACUGUGGUUUAUGUGUUGUACAUAGUUGUCAAUAAAUAAGAUUUUACCA